AGCUCGCGCGAUCCCGUUGCCUGCACGCGGCCGAGCCUUUUAACGUCGCAAUCUCAGUCGACCCCCUCGCGACUGGUGGAAACUGGAAACGGACUCGGACACACGCAUGCACGCGCUCUGGUCGUUUCCACCACAUCAGCCCGGGGAUUACAACUGGCCUGGCUCGUGCACAGCUGGCCCGUGAUGUUUAUGUAAUAGCCGUGGUGUGAACUGAUGGUAACAUUACAAUUUCACCGUUUGUUUCGUUCUGAUGACGGAUGGUUCUGUUCGGAACGGAAUUUAACAGCGGGAACUGGGAGGAGUGUGAGCUCGAGCUCUCCCGUCACAUGCACGUAAAGCACGCACAAACAGCUCCGUGAAAAUCAGCACACCGGAAAAUCUGUUUGGAAUACCGUGCGUCUCGCGCUCUUAACCUCUACCAGGGGAGAGGCCGCCCCGUCGCGGACAGAGGGCAGGCCGGAGAGAGACACAGAGAGGAGGAGGAGGAGGAGGAGGAGGAGGAGGGUUGGUAUAACGGGCAUCGGUUCGUCUGUCGGUCUGAGGGAUUCGGACAGCGGGUAGCUGUUCUCUACUGUAGCCGCAUCGCAGCCACCCAACCCCUAUACAUCUGCUGCUGUGGACCGCUGACUGACUGGAGGAUGAACGGAAGGGAUUAACGACGAGGGGGAAAGAGAGGGGGGGAAGAGGAGAGGGAUAGAGAAAGGAUGGGUAAGGACCAGGACCUGCUUCAUGCGGUGAAGACCGAGGAUCUUCUGACGGCGCAGCGGCUUCUCCAGCGACCCAGGCCCGGGAAAACCAAGUUGCUUGGAACAGCCAAGAGGGUCAAUGUCAACUUCCAGGACACAGACGGGUUGUCUCCUCUGCACCAUGCUGCUCUGAGCGGCAACAAGGAUCUGAUCUCUCUACUGUUGGAGGCUCAGGCCACAGUGGACAUUAAGGACCAGAACGGUAUGCGUCCACUGCACUACGCGGCGUGGCAGGGGAAGACUGAGCCAAUGAAAAUGCUCCUGAAGGCGGGAUCAUCAGUCAACAUCCAAUCAGACGAGGGCCAGAUCCCACUGCACCUAUCAGCACAGCACGGACAUUACGACGGAUCUGAGAUGUUGCUGCAGCACCAGUCUAAUCCGUGUAUCUCCGACACGGCCGGUAAGACUCCUCUGGACCUGGCCUGUGAAUUUGGACGAGUGGGGGUGGUCCAGCUGCUCCUCAGUAGUAAUGUCUGUGCAGCGAUGAUCGAGCCGAAGCCAUCGAACCCCAACGGCGUCUCUCCUCUUCACCUGGCCGCCAAGAACGGACACAUCGAUGUCAUACGUCUGCUGAUCCAAGCAGGUAUAGACAUCAACAGACAGUCUGAGUCGGGGACGGCGCUGCAUCAGGCAGCUCUCUGUGGAAAGACUGAGGUGGUGAGACUGCUGUUGGAUAGUGGCAUCAGUGCUGGGGUGAGGAACACUCUGUGUCAGACGGCUCUGGACAUCGUUAACCAGUUCACCGCCACACAGGCCAGCAGAGAGAUCAAACAGCUGCUGAGAGAUGCGUCAGCUGCGAUGCAGGUCAGAGCUCUGACAGAGUACUGCAACAACUACGACCUGACGAGCCUCAACAUCAAGACUGGAGACAUCAUCACGGUUCUGGAGCAGCAUUCUGACGGCCGGUGGAAGGGUUGUAUCCAUGACAACCGGACAGGAAAUGACCGCGUCGGCUACUUCCCCUCCAGCAUGGUGGAGGUGAUCAGCAAGAGGCCAGGUUCUCGGGGCUCUGAGUCCAGUCCCCACGGCUCUCCCACACUUGGCCAGCAGGGCGGCUCCAGCGAGGAUGUCUGGGUUCUCCGGAAGCCCCUCGCAGGUGGUGACCGUAGCAGCAGUGUGGGUAGUCUGGGUAGCGUUCGUUCCCUCGGCAGCGUCCAGAGUUCUGGAAAUACACAACACGCCCUGAAUACGCCUCCUCCGCCUGUCACAGCACACGCUACUAACACGCCAGCUAGCAGCCUGAACACACACGGCCUCAACGCUCCCGGGCUCCACGCGCAGUCGGAGGGAGUCAAGCUCCUAGCCACGGUGAUGUCCCAGUCAAUAAAGGCUAAGGAGCAUCUGUUGGAGCAGUCCAAGUCUGUGGAGCAGGCAGCAGGUACCCAGAAUAAUAUUACUAACGAUGAGAGUGUUCGGCUGAAGAGCUCUGAGAAUGCUGAUAGUUCUAGUCUUCAGUGUGUGUUCUACAAUAGUGAGGCAGUAGUGACCUGGUUGACUGAGUGUCAGCUGCAGUUCUACACCACUCACCUCCUCAGCGCUGGCUAUGACCUAGACACCAUAGGCCACAUGACCCCCGAGGACCUGACAGCAAUCGGUGUAACUAAACCAGGCCAUCGUAAGAAGAUGACAUCAGAGAUCAGCAAACUGCCGUCUGGUGACUGGCUGCCUGACCACAAACCAGCCAGCCUGGCAGAGUGGUUGUCAGUGAUUGGGCUGAACCAGUACUACCAGGUUCUGGUGCAAAAUGGAUAUGACAACAUCGACUUCAUCACUGAGAUCAGCUGGGAGGAUCUGAAGGAAAUUGGAAUCACCAAGCUGGGCCACCAAAAGAAGAUGAUGUUAGCAGUGAGGAGACUGGGGAAGUUCCAGAGAGGAGAGAGUAUCUCUCAGCCUUCUACCCCUCCUUCUGGCUCUACCCCUCCAUCUGGCUCCACCCCUCCUUCUGGCUCCACCCCUCCAUCCUCCUCCACUCCUCCCCCCUCUACCCCACUCCCCUCCACUGGGAGGGGUCAGAGGCCCCCCCUCACUAAACCCCGGCCAGGGAUUGAGUCCCCAACACACACACCCUCCCCACCUCACACUCCCACCAAGACCCACAAGGCUCGAGCCCACCCCUCCACCCAGCCCCCGCCAGCUGAUUCGCCAGUCCAAGAAGGGAGUGUGUCUGUUCCUUUACUCUGUCUGCCAAUGGAGGAGGAGCAUCGGCGAACUCACAGCCUGAUUGGCUACUCGGGGUACGAAGCCGAUGCCCUCUCGGUUACAGACUUCGCCCCUAGAUACGCCACGGUCUGCCGCAGCAGCUCGGCUCAACGCUCCGACCCCAAUGACGCAACUGUCAACCGCAGCCAAUCAUCAGUCACGCUGCGGCCCAGGAGGAAAGGCCGGCCCCCGACUCCGCCGAAACGGUCGUGUUCCUCCAUCUCCGGGGGCGACGGGCUGGGGGAGGGGCUGGGGGAG